AUGAAUUUAGAGAACCGAACAGUGAUCCAUGAAUUUCUUCUCCUGGCCUUCAGCAAUAUGCACGAAGGAAAGUUCUUACUCUUCAUUUUCCUGUUUCUUAUCUACCUGAUAACAUUGAUUGGAAAUCUACUGAUUAUUGCUUCUGUGUAUGCUCAUCUCCAUUCCCCUAUGUACUUUUUCCUCAGUAAUUUCUCUUUAUCUGAAAUUGUAUUUACUACAAAUAUUACUCCCAAUAUGCUUUUUACCACAAUACAUGAAGGAUCAAGAAUUUCUGUAAACCUCUGUAUCACACAAUAUUACACAUAUUCUGUAUCUAUAUGGGCAGAGUGCCUCCUCCUUGCAGUCAUGUCCUAUGACCGCUACUUGGCCAUUUGUAAUCCAUUGCAUUAUUCAUCAGUAAUGAGUCCCAGACUUUGUCUCCACCUGGUUGUCUGGUCUUGGUUUGUUGGGUUCACUGUGCCAAUAAUUGAAGCGAUACAAUUGGGCGGCCUGACAUACUGUGGCCAUAAUAUCAUUGACCAUUUCUUCUGUGAUUUUGCUCCAAUUAUUCAGCUUUCAUGUUCAGAUACAAAUGAAAUAGAACUUACAGAUUUUAUACUCUCUUUUCCAAUAUUUGUAUUUCCUGUUCUUUUCAUCAUUAUAACUUACAUUAUGAUAAUAUUCACAAUCCUCCAGAUUCCAACGAACACAGGACGAAAAAAAGCCUUCUCUACCUGCAGCUCCCACCUCAUGGUUGUUUGUAUAUAUUACGGAUCUUGUAUCGUUGUUUAUAUGUCGCCAUCGGCAGAGAGAUGGUUAAUACUAAAGAAGGUUUUAUCGCUUCUAUAUACUGUGGUGACUCCCGUAAUAAAUCUAUUUAUAUACAGUAUUAGGAACAAGGAAAUCAGAAUAUCCAUUACAACAUUAGCCACAAAAUUAAAGAGAUGUGAAAUUCAUUUUUUACAGAAUUAA